UAACCAAUAACAGCAAUGAUUGUUACUUUCACCGAUAUUCCCACAACUCUUAGAGAGACCAUGCGAGUAGAUUUCAAGAUGGUUACCCACAUGUUUCGACGGUUUGGGAGAGGUGUCUUCGUUGACCCUUUCCUGAGAAGGCAGAGCAUACGGCUUGUCUCCUCCUCACCACGUGUGAUUUUUGCUGCUAAUAAGAACUUGCAGCAUCCAUUUCUUGUCGGUAGUAGUUUAGUAGUGAGACCGGCUGCCAUUUACUUGGGUAUCCGUUUGUUCGCCGACGCUGGCGCUGCACUUACGAGGGACGAAAUUCAGACGCGAGUGAUGGAUGUCUUAAAACUUUUUGAUAAAGUAAAUGCUGAACAGCUGUCUGCUGAAAGUCACUUUAUCAAUGACCUUGGCUUAGACAGCUUGGAUGUAGUUGAGAUUGUCAUGGCACUAGAAGAUGAAUUUGGUGAGUGCUCUUUGCUAUUGUAGACAUUUGAGGUUAAAUUAUAUGUCUGCUGUGCACCAUUGUGGUAUGAUACACUGUAGCGGGGGGGACAUUUUAACUUCCAAGCCACCAUUUUAUUAUACAGGGUGCAAAGAAAAUCAAUUAUCCAAAUUCCACUUUGGGCAAGCUGCAGUUAGGAUGUAAUAGCUACC